UCUUAAUAUGUUGCACGAUGUGCUAUUGUUUUAUUUGUAAGACUGUUCGGUUAACUGAGAAGUAAAUAUGAGUACUUUUUCUUUUCUCUAUCUGGGCAGUUAUGUUUAGGAUGCUGUUGCCUAUGAAUGUCAUUGGCGCAAGGAUAAUGUGGAGCGGCAGUUUCAUAGAAGCCCACUGUCAGAGGGUCUUGAAACAUUGCAGGUUUUAUUUGCACACAGAUUUUCAUAGCAAACGAUUCUACACUCCACGAAGAGCUAUUCUGUAUGUACCAGGAGAUGAUGAACGGAAAAUUAGAAAAGCACUUUCCCUAAAAGUGGACUGCAUAGCAUUGGAUUGUGAGGAUGGAGUUGCAUCUAAUAGAAAGAAUGUCGCUAGGUCUACGAUAAGGCACUUCUUGGAUAAAGAAUGUGUAUCACAGCAGUUUCCAGAGUGGACAGUAAGAGUAAAUUCAGUAGACAGUGGGAUGUGUGAAGAAGAUUUAAGUGUAAUUUUGACAGGACCGCAAAAGCCACCAACAUUACUGCUUCCAAAAGUAGAUUGCAUUAAACAGCUGCAAUGGUUUGCAGACAAACUAAAUGUAAUCGUAGGAGAUGAGAGGAAUAAAAUAAAAAUGAACUUAAUCUUAUUUAUUGAAUCAGCCAAAGGAAUAAUGGACUUACCCACAAUAUGUCAAAAAUCUAUUGAACUGGCUGAAAAGUCAUGUUUUUUACCUGUUGCAUUGAUCAUUGGAAGUGAUGACUUGUGCGCUGAUCUUGGUAUUUCACGAUCAGAUGAUGGUUAUGAAAUACUGUAUGCUCGCCAGAGGCUUGUGUUAAUAGCAAAAGCUUUCAACUUUCAAGCAGUUGAUAUGGUUGACAUUAAUUAUAAAGAUCUGCCUGCUUUGAAGAAACAUUCUAUAGCAGGAGCAAGAAUGGGUUUCACAGGAAAGCAGGUUAUACAUCCCAAUCAAGUGCAUAUAGUGCAAGAUGCCUUUUCACCUACACCAGAAAAAGUACAGUGGGCAACUGAUCUUAUUGCAGCCUUCAAUGAACAUCAGCUCAAAGGGAAAGGAGCUUUUGUCUACAAGGACUCCAUGAUAGACAUGCCUCUUCUUCGCCAAGCCCAACAUAUUAUACAGCUAGCAAAAAUGGACAAACAUAAUUUGCAACAGUGAACAAGAUACAGUGCCAGUCACAUAUCAUUAACAGCGAAGUGGAUUUUGAAUAUCUGCACCUACGUGAUUCCUCUUCCAACAAUUUGGAUGGAUUCAGAUGCUGCGUAGCAACGCCAAUUAAUGCACAACUCCAGACAUGCUCAUAAAAAUAUGGAUUAUAUUUUGACUCUCAUCUGGAUCUUUGUUGUGCACACAAUUGAGCAUUUGUGAAAGGUAAAUUAAAAUUUUGAUCCCAGACAUAAUUGUAAAAAGAACCACACGAUUUUAUAAGCGUACGCAAUUGUAAAAUUGGAUGGUUGUUUUUGAAAAUAAAAACUUUGUAGCUCUCUACACAUAAUUUAAAAUCCAUCCUCAGAUUUGGUGUUGUGUAGAACUUAUUGUGAUGUGAAAUUGGAUGAAUCUUUUUGAAACAUAAUGCACUUUUUUGUAAAAUAAAAAAUGUGUUGUACCUGCAGAACCUUUGCUUAGUAAUGGUAAUAGUUACUUCCACACCACACCCUACUCAGCUGUGCAGGAGUGAGAGCUGACUUGUUGAUGGUAUUUCACUGUCAGUGGUCAUAGACUGCAAACAUGCUGUAUUACAUAACAAUAUGAUAUUUAUAAUUCACAAUUGUUGAAUUUAGGAAGGCUAGGAAAAUGAAGGAAGGCACUAGAUUGAAAAUGAGAAUAUUGCUUCUUAUUACUGGCAGGUUAUACUGAAGUUGAUAUAAUUCAGAUAAAGAACAAAAAAUUAAUAAUGACAGUUACCAUACUGAAAAAGGUACAGAUUCUUCCUGUUCUUGGAGUCAGUGCAAGGAGAUGCUAUCGGAAAAAAUGAAAUGAUGAAUGCUGAUCCUUUACCAGCUGAUGUCCAGCUACAUUGAAUUCCAAAUUAGAUAAUCUCUCAAAGCGACUGUUUAAUCAUACAGUAUACGGGAAUCCCUGCUGUAGAUGUCUCACAUGCUAGAAACACCCUACUUCUCAAAAGAGAGGUGCCACUUAAAUGUAUAUCAAUCAGGAACACAGUGAACUGUGUAGGAAUCUUCCAAGGAUUGCGAUGUUCCCCAGGGGCGGGAGGGGGGGGGGGGGGGAGUAACAAGUAAUAGAGUCUGUUAACUGCGUCUAAGGUACACAAUUCUGAACCACUUUUCCUACCAGCUUCUGAGCAGAAGCUAGUAUCAAGUUUUUGACAAAAAUUAUUACAUGUGAUGAAGCAUGGUGUUGUGUGUGUGACCCAGAAUCUAAGUGACAUCUUAGCCAGAUGAAGACUGCUUCACUGCAAGAACCAACAUUAAAUUUUUAUGAAGGGGUAGUCUGAUAGGAAUUUGUUCCCCAAGAUAUCUUAGUUAAGCAGCAUUACUAACUCACAGUUCUCUUUGCAAGCAUAAGGCAUUCCACUUAAAAGGUCAAGUCUCAGGCAUCAGUUGACAGAUUUGUUACAGUGCUGUAGGUGAGGCGAGAUAAAUCUAGGUCAAGACCAUUUUAAUAGUUUACUGUACUAUAAAAGAGAUUCAAUGUUAAAAGAGUGCGUAUCUGUAACAAUUUAACCAACCAUGAAAAUAUCACAAGAAUUAGCCUAGACUUUCAACUAACUUAGUCGACAUAUCUGGGCUAAGCAUUCCAAAGAGAUGGGACUCUGGUGCCUUUGAAACCAUAUAUGCUACUCAACGUUGAAGACACAUUCAGAAUGUUUAAAGCAAAAAAAUGUUCCUACACAGAUGUACCACAGUACCUUCAGGAAGCUAGCAAGUUGUCUCAACUUUUAAAAGACCCAAGAUCUAUAACAAAUUUGAUAUAAAAUAUAACUACUAGAAUAAAGUUGAAUAGGGUCAGUAUGUUUUCACACAUUUUGCUAAGGAAGGUAUACUGCCAAAAUAAUGUGCAGUUUCUGCAAUUUAAGUGACUGCUAUUCUAAAUCACAUUAAAAUUUACAUACUUCAACAGUUUUACAAUAAUGUAAGAAUGAAAAAUAGGUGUUUUGUUGUCAAAUAAACCUAAUCAUUACCUCCACACUGCUCUGUCAAAUACCUGCGUACUAUCAUUAUCUGAUAUGUAAAUUGUAUUUGGGCACACUUACAAUAUAUUAUUGCUUCAGAAACUCAAGAAUAAAAACUAAUUAUUUUUGUUUCAUCUGCUGAAUUACUACCUUUUUGAAUACAAAAAUGAUGCGAAACGAAAGGGAUUAAGUAGAAGAUAGGAAAUGCUGUACCAUCUACACAUGAACAUGAUAAGCAAUUAUACACAAUUCGAGUUUUGAACAUUUAAUAUACAUACUUGAACCAGGAAGGAAAAGUAUUAUUAACAAAAAUGAUGCAAAAGCACACUGGGAUAUUAUUAUAAAAACUACUACUGCUAUGUUUAUCGGCCUAGCUAUACACUCAACAACUACACAUGCAAUAUAAUUUGAACAAGCAGCAUACUGUAAUUCACAAUGCAUUGCAUUCACUAUGCGUUCUAUGAUGCUGUAUUGCUAAGGCAUGCUGUAUUGUUUCUUGGCAAUGGUUGAAACAAUCCAUACUAACCCAAAGUUUCACAGUUCCCAGAAAAGUGCAAAGUUAUAUUGUACAUAUAAUACAUAAUCUCUCAUCUCUCUCU